CAACUCCCCAACGACAUCUCCAGAUGCUCUGAUUUCUGAGACCGUCUUCACCCGCAAUACUGCAUCUGCGACGCUGUGGUUCGCUCAGCAAAGUCUAUAUACCAUGGGCAACAGAUCGAGCAUCAUUUCGCCGCGUCUCUUACCCACCAUACAUCAAAAUCCUUAUGCUUACACCGGUGGAAGAUGGCUCAACCGAGACGAGCUGGAGCGAACCUCUCGCUAUAUUCAGUUUGACUUCUCUGCUCUCUGUGACAGGGCUGUUCACGCCUGUCCCGGGGCACACAGGGUUGUCAAGCACGAAAAGCGAGAAGGGGGGUUCAAUCGAGUAUUUCUCUUGACAAUGGACAACAGUGCUUGUGUGGUGGCAAGGCUAUCAACCCCCAUUGCUGGUCCACCCAGGUUAACGACCAAUUCUGAAGUGGCAACAAUGACAUACCUACAGAGCAAAGUCUCGCUUCCGAUACCGAAAGUCCUGGACUGGAGUGAUGACUCCUCGAAUCCGGUUGGCGCAGAGUACAUCAUCCAGGAGCAUGUGAAGGGUGUCCAGCUGCACCAGCUAUGGCCUACCAUGAACUCGGAGCAGCAUAUGCUGUGUACAAAGGCGCUGUCGCUGGCAAUGAAGAAGAUGGCAGCUUUGGACUUCCCGGCCUAUGGCAGUCUCUACUUCUCAGAUGCGCCGAUAGACACCCGCGCCAAGAUCCCUCUCGAGCAGGGUUUUUGCAUUGGUCCGCAUUGCAGUCCAAUCUUUUGGAACCGGAACCCGGGAGAAACUGAGCUCUACGGUGGUCCAAGUCCCGACUGCGGUCCCUGGAGAGGCCUUGAAAGUUAUUGUCGUGGCUUGAUAGAGACUGGGUUUUCUCGUUUACCGAAAGAAGAAGCGAUAUUCGAUGAGCUGCCCCAUCAAGGAUCCAUUCGGGAUCACAUCUAUUUAUUGAACACGAGCCAAGAAAUGAUGCAGAGGUUGGUUGAAGAUAAGCGUGUGCAGGACGCCGCUGCUCCCACUCUCCUCCACCCGGAUUUCCACAUGAGAAACAUCUUCAUGUCUCCCGAGGAUCCAACUAUCAUCACCGGCCUGAUUGAUUGGCAGUCUACUAGCGUUGAGCCUGCAUUCAUCUAUGCCAACGAGACGCCAGAUUUCGCUGCCCUUCCAGAGGAAAGCAGCGGCGUGAGCAGUCACUGCGAAGAACGAGACCGGAAAGAUGCAUCUAUAUGUUAUCAAACAUACGAUGUGUGCAUGAAGGGCCUUGUACCCAAAUUACGUCCCGCCCGAUUACUAGACCCGACUUUCUUUCGUCUCUUCCACUACUGCCACACGACAUGGAGGGACAGCGCCCCCGCCGUCCGUCAGGAAUUGAUCGAGCUUUCGGCUCGCUGGAACGAACUGGGCCUGCAGGGUCUUUGUCCAUACUCUCCCUCCGACGAGGAGGUGAAGAGCCACGCGACAGACUACGAGGAUUUCGAAACCGUCCAGAAACUCAAGGCCUGGCUCAAGAGCUCCCUGCACACAAACUCCGAUGGGUGGGUGCCGAAUGAUGUUUGGGGUGCUGCGAAAGAUGCCCACCGCGCGGCGUACGACGAAUGGAUGCAGACUGCUAGAGAGUCCGAGGCACAGGGCGAUGGUCUUACAGUCGAGAAAGCGAACAAAAUGUGGCCGUUCGAUGCCAGAUAGGGGUAGAACUGAUAUACGGGUCUACAGUAUUUGUAGUAAGUAUACCCUCUGUGUAUGCUAUGAUAGAAUUUAUACUAGAAUUUUAUAUAUAAUAUUCUU